AUGGCAGUUGAGACCCAGCGUCAAGGCACCUUCCGAACAGUCGAGCUCUCCACUUUAGGUCUUCGACAAGAGACUCAGAGGGACAUCGGACCUCUCGAUACUAUCUGCGUUGGCUGGAACAUCUGCAACAGCUGGGCCGGAGUGGCAGCGACCUUGGCUUUAACAAUCGCCCAAGGUGGUUCGGUAACGCUCAUUUAUGGCGUUGUCGUCUGCUUCAUAAUGGUUGGAUGCAGUGGAUUAACCAUGGGAGAACUCGCUUCGGUCUACCCAACCGCCGGAGGGCAAUAUCACUGGACGUCUGUAUUAGCUCCUCCAAAGGGUAGCCGUAUCUUGAGUUAUGCCUGUGGUCUUACCAACGCUUACGCCUGGAUUGCCACCACGGCGGGGAUCGCUAUUAUCAUACCCCAAGUCAUACUCGCUAUGGUCAUCCAUUAUCAACCUGAUUACGUACCCCAGACAUGGCACUAUUUUCUCCUCUAUCAAGGUGUCAAUUUCCUGGUUUGCGCGCAUAACAUCUUUACGUUGAAGAAGACUAUGUGGAUCAAUGAUCUAACUUUCGGGACAGUCGUCAUUACUUUGACAGGCUUCGUUACGAUAAUCAUUACCUGUCUUGCCCGUGCCCCCACAAAACAGACCAGCGAGUUUGUAUGGAUGAAUUUUGUCAACGAAAGCGGGUGGCCUGCGGGCAUCAGCUUCCUCACUGGCUUGGUGUCACCUAACUACAUGUAUGCAGGGAUUGACGGCGCGAUCCAUCUUGCUGAAGAGUGCAAACAGGCGGAGAAAGUUGUGCCAAGAGCCCUGGUCAGCACGCUAACAAUUGGAUUCAUCACAAGCUUCAUGUUCGCUGUCUCAAUGACAUACUGCAUUACUGACUUCGACGCUGUACUUGGCACACCUACAGGGUUUCCGAUCUAUGAGAUCUGGCUACAAGCGACGCGAUCCAGCACUGCAGCUACAGUCUUCAUGGCAAUCCUUCUUACCGCGGCUACAGUAGCCCUCAUUGCUGUUCAACAGACCGCUUCACGCCUGACGUGGUCCCUCGCACGAGAUAAAGCUCUAGUUUUGUCCAAAUUCAUCGGUCAUAUCCAUCCAUCACUGCAAGUCCCAGUGUGGGCGCUCCUUGCCAACAAUGCUAUUGUCUUUAUCAUCGGCUUCAUUUUUCUCGCCUCUUCGACUGCCUUCAAUGCCUUCAUCGGCACAGGUCUUAUCCUGCAACAAGUGACGUACGCCAUUCCUGCCGCUCUGCUGAUAUAUCGGAGGCGCUCCUCAAUGUACCUGCCUCUCAACAGGCCAUUUAAGCUGGUCAGCCCCUUGGGAUGGAUAGUCAACUCGUUUACUGUGGUUUUUGCGAUUGUAGUCUUGAUCUUCUACGACUUUCCUGUCGUUGUCCCUGUGAGCGGGUCGAACAUGAACUAUACGUCUGCAGUGAUCGGGGUCAUGGCGUUGUUCGCCGCCCUUAACUGGGUCCUACAUGCACGGAGGUCAUACCAUGGCCCAAGACUAGAUUAG